CUUUUUCCCGGAACCCCUUGCUGCGAGUGCUCAAGUUGGUUGCAUAAACUGGUUGCAAUCAAAAUUCAAAGUCAUUCGCUGGAAAACAACACAUUGACAUUUCGAUUCUGACAACCGAUUGUAUUAGCCAGUGUACACACCAGCGUACAUGAGUUUCGUAUUUGUUUGCGUGCGUGCGUGUGUGUGAGCGCGUGUGUGUGGGGGAGUUUGUGUGUAGUGUGCUUUUUACGUUUUUCUGUACCGUUUUUCAGUGAAAUCGUAUUACUUGUGUUUUAAUCUCGAUCAACGUAUUUUGCAGUUCCGUUCCCGUUCCGCACGACCCGCUCAUUCCGUUUGUGUAAUGUUUGUGUGUAUGUGUGUGUCUAUGUGCUAGAGUCCGGGUUUGUGUGUGUGUGUGUGUGUGUGUGCGGGAGAAUGCAGCGCAGUUCCAGCCGGCCAUAAUCUUCGAUCCACUUUCCCCAGCUCAGCCCUAUCAAUCCCGUCGAUCAACACUUCCACUUCCGGCGCGCUGGCGCGAACGAACCUGAUUCAAUCAAUCAAGCGAGAGCACUGAAGCGACAGCACAGCAACCGCACAUCCUUCCCGGUAGCGCCGGCAAGGAGUUGCAUGGUGGCCGUCUGAGCUGCCGCAGCCAGCAGUAUCCCUUGUCCGGCAUUCCCGGGCCGACCGGCCGGUACGGAGGGGAGCGCCUGAGCACGAUGUGGAAGUGUCACAAAUGCGGCAAGCCCGUCUUUUUCGCGGAACGCAAGCAAUCGCUCGGGUACGACUGGCAUCCGGAGUGUUUGCGGUGCGAGGAGUGCGGCAAGCGCCUUAACCCGGGACAGCACGCCGAACACAAAGGUGUGCCGUACUGCCAUGUGCCGUGCUACGGUGCCCUGUUUGGGCCGCAGCUGUUCGGCCACGGUACCCGGGUGGAGUCGCACAAGAGCUUCGGCCAGCCGGAUCAGAAAAAGCAGGCAGUGCAGCGCUCGCCAGCCGGCCCGGCCAUACCCAAGGGGCACCUGGAGUCGAAGCUGAAGUCGUACAACCAGUUCCACAACAACAAGAGCAUGGAGAUACGGAGCCGCGAGGUGAACGGGCGGCUGGUGCUGGAGGGCGCCCUGCGCAUCUACUGGGGGGUGCAGGGAAUGAUCCACCUGAAGGAGGACGACGACCAGCGCACCGUGGUGACGGUCCGGAAGCGUAACUCGUACCGCCAAAGCACGCCCGCCUCGCUGGCCCACGCUCACGCGACGAGCGAUGGGGAGGAGGAGGGCAACGAAAAGGAAAACCACCCGAACCAUGCGGACCAGCAGCAGCAGCAGCAGCAGCAGCAGGAGCGACGGGGAGCCGGGGCGAUGGGCGUCAGCACGUCCAGCCUGACCGAGCCGUGCGACAGCAACAACGACACGACCACCAUCUCGGAGAGCAUCUCGUACGACACGCUCAGCCUGUCGUCCGAGCUCAACUCGAACUUCGACUCGAAGCCGGUCUCGUCGAGCGAAUCGUCCAAGGAGGUGUCGCCGAGCCACGCGGGCAAGUACGUGACGCUGCCGCCGAAGCUGGACGUGAAGCAGCUCGACUGGGACGAGAUCGACGAGCUGCUGCAGGUGGAGCGCAAGCUGGACGAGAGCGAGAAGCUGUACCGGACGAUGCCGUCCCCGCUGGCGACCGGCGGCGGUUCGGGCGGGUCCGGCGGCGACCGCAGCCUGGCGAGCGAGAGCGUCACCGAUACGGAUUACAAGACGCUCACGCCCAACACGGCCACCGGGUCGUCGGGCGGGUCGGGCGCCGGCUCGGGCGACAGCGACCGGACGACGACCGGCGGGCCGGACACGUCGACGAGCGCGGCCACCACCAGCGCGGCGACCAACGGGGACGAUGACUUUCGCACGCCGGAAGCGACGCUCCGGUCGCACGACUUCGAAGCGUUCAAGAUGCAGAUUAGCCGCGAGUUUAUCAGCAGCACGGCGGAGAUGGGCAACACGGACGGUACGCUGAAGCAGAACCAGCCGAUCGAUCCGGCCCGGAUCAACGAUUCGCUCAAGCUGUACAAUGACGGCGUCAUGAACCGGAGCCUGUCGGACGAGCAGUGCCGGAAUGCGAUGUUUUCCCUGCCGGCCGGCAACAUCACGGGAUCGUUCCACGUGGAGGCCGGUACGAACGAGGACGACGACUCAACGCUGCGCCAUCCGGCCAACGGCAUCUACGCGUCGCCCAGUCACGGCCGACAGUCGGCCAACGGUACGCCCAAGAAGCGGAUGCACCUGCAGCGUGCGGCGCAACCGGCCGGACCCGACGCACCGACCUCGUCGGAGGCUACCACGAACGGUGCCGUUACGUCGCCGGGCACGGACACGGACAGCUGGACGGCCGAUCGGGGUCUGCUGCGCUCCAAGUCCCAGGGCAACCACUACUCGGGCAACAGCUUCAUGGACAGCGAUGUGGACGACGAUAGCGGCGGGGGCGGUAGUGGUGGGACCGGCUCGGGUACGCUCAAACCCUCCGACAAGCCGCCGUCCUCGAUCCACAUCCGGAUGGACUGUUACGACGAGCUGGAGAGCCCCUCGUCCGGUCAGGCGAUCACGCCGUCGGAGGACGGUGAGCUGACCGCCGUGACGGCGACCACGCUAACGACGACGACGACGACGGCGACGACGCAGCCGUCCGAGUACAGCACCAGUAUCAGCGGCCACCCGGUCACGGACGACGGGGUCGUGCUGCGGAAGCCCCCGAAGACUGGCUCGACCGCGAUCAAGCGCCGGUCGGGCAACAGGCGUUCGCGCACCAAGCUGAAGCGCCGCUGCUCCAUCAACGGCCACUUUUACAACCGGGAAACGUCCUUCUUCACGCCCCCGUACGGCUCGCAGAUGAACGUUUGGGUGACGUCGCUCGUCAACACGCAGGAGGUGAUCAACCUGCUGCUGGAAAAGUAUAAGGUCGAAUCGAGGGCGGAAAACUUUGCGCUCUUUAUCGUGCGCGACAACGGCGAGCAGAAGAAGCUGAAGGACGACGACUAUCCGCUCGUGACGCGCGUCAUUCUUGGCCCCCACGAGGAUAUUGCGAAACUGUUCCUAAUGGACGGUCAGCAAACGCAGGAAAUAAGCAGCGAGGUUGCACAGUUUCUGAACCUUUCCAUUCCGGAGUGCCGCGCUAUCUUGGAACGGUUCCACGAGGAGGAGCAACGGGAGCUGCACCGGAUACGGAUCAAAUUUGCCGAACUGCGAAAGCGCAUCGUGCAGCGCAUGGAAUCGCUUAAAGUUCGGCUGUAGACUCCCCCACACACACCAUGGUGACUUUCUGUCUGAAACAAUUCCCUCUACUCCCUCCCUACUUCUUCUUCUUCUUCGUCGGCUCACCAAGCAGGGGAGAAGUAUUCCCGCAAAACAAUGAAAAAAAAGCAAUCAAAGUGAAUAGAAAUCAUAUUUGUUGAUGUUUGUUGUUAAGCGAAAGUAGGCACGGGCGCUCGCGAAGAGAAGGACGAUAGUUUUUUUAUAAGAAAAAAAACAAAAAAAAACGGGACUGGCACAGCACAGAGGGAAGCGAGUUAGCGGUGAAGCGCGUGUUUGUGUGCAUCAUUUAAUCUCAUAGCCGCUCCGUUCAGCAAGCUAAUCAACGUCAGUGUAUAGUUUUAGUACGUUUCACUCGUUUGGCAACCUUUUCUUCUUUUUUUUUUUUAAUCGGUGCGAACGCGUUCCCUGGGUCGUGAUUGUUUAUCGUUUAUGAUUAACGAAAAAAAAUCUUGUCGAUCGAUUUACUCGAAUUGUAUUGUAGUAUUUUUUUGUUUGUUUGUUGUAAUAAGCUAGUAAAUGCAACCACUACUGGUACUCGAAAGUGUGUGUGUGUGUGUGUGUAUGUGUGUGUAAGGGCAAGAGAUCGAUAGCAUAAUGCCAAACUGCCAAACGUGAGAGGUCCAUCCACGCCUGCAGCAUUGACUGUUGGCCUGAAACAAACGGAUAGAAAGCGAUCGAGGCGGAGGAAAUAGAAACAGAGCGAACGAAGAGUAAGAGCAGCAGGAAACACACUCAAACACUAUUGUGUAUAGGGCAAGCAAUACGUAACACAGCGAAAAAAAAAUGAAGCAAAACACCACGCACGAAACCUCAACAUAUUUAUCUCCCCACAAGACUCAUUCAGGGACUCAUCCGAAGCGUUAGAGCUAACCAAACAAAGUGCUACCGAUAUGAACAAAGAAAAACACACAUACAAACAUAGAACGAUGGCAAGUGAAAUUUCGAUUCGAUGCCAACCGAUUUAGAGUAGUAGCGUACGGCGGAAAGGCUAUUUAGUGUAUUGCCUUUCGGGUGUCGUAUCAACCGUAAACCACCCGCAGACUGACAGUCCAGGUGCUUCCGCCUAGAGCCUCAUAAAACAUGUUCGUGGUUUAAAUCAAUGGCGGCCAUGUGCGCCUGUUCGCCGAUCAACGCUGGGUGCAGGAAAGCAUUGACAGGAUAGGCACGGCUUAAGAGGAGCGUUUCGAGCCAACUAGCAAGCGUUAUCGUUUGGCCUUUCCUUUCUCAAAUACAGCGGUUCUGUUUGCAGUGGAAUUUGGUUAGCUAGCGCGUUUAUUUUUAGUUGAAUGUAUUUCCCUACCUAACAAUGGCAUAUUUUUAUACACCCACUAGCAACACUUACACCUACAAAGAAAGCAGCAACAUAAAAUGAUAGCUUAGAAGAAAACAAAUAACAACAACAACAACAACAGAAACAAAAGAAAACACUCAAAGCUUUAUUCAGCUUGCGCGGCAAUGUGCAUGGACGCAACUGAUAACAAUCAAGGAGUUUAUAGCGCCGUGUGUAGGUGAAAUCAUCGCUCGUUUACAUGUAUAGUCCUUCCCGAAUGCUCAGCUCCCGAUCGGAGUGCGAUAUCAAACGCUAACCUACUGUAAGAAUUUAUCUAUGCAUAUACAUACGGACCUUUACAACGGGUGGGCUAUGGAACGAGAAGCCUAGCCUAGCGAGUAUCGGUGUCCUUAACGAGCGGAGGAGGUCAGUCGAGCAGCCGGCGUAACAGUUAAACAAUAACACAAUCGGGCACACAUUCUCAGGCAAACUAGUGGGGGAAACGCGGGCAGAGUCAGAGUAAGGCUGGCUUGUUUUUUUUUUUCGAAUGCUACUGCUGCUACUCCGGCCGGCAUCCGAGGCCUCCGAGCAAAACAUGGGUAAUCUCUUUCGCUGGCAGCCACUGAAAAGGGUGGCGGUGCAGUGUGGCGUUAGGGGAUAGACAGAAACAACCACAGCAAACUGAUAAGCGAAUAAUAUAAUGCAAUUAAUAACAA